AGGAAAAUUUUCUCUCUACCUUUGAUGCCACAAACAAGUGACUCGUGAGUGCAAUUUCAUUUGAUGCUGGAAAUUAGUGCAAAUAUUGUGUAUUUCCUGCAAAAAUUAGUGUUAAAGUGUAUCUAACAGGUUACGGAAUAUUUUGUAACGCAUAUUGAAUCGGUUCGAGCCCGGCAUCGGCAUCGCAAUGUCGGCUCAGCAGUUUUCACUUCGUUGGAACAACUACACCAACUACAUAACCGGUGCGUUCGAUUCGCUUCGCUACGAGGAAGAUCUCGUAGACGUUACGCUUUGUUGUGAGGGGCGCAAAAUCCGGGCACACAAGAUCUUACUUUCAGCAUGCAGCGCCUAUUUCAAGGAGAUAUUCAAAGAGAACCCCUGUCAACAUCCGGUGAUCAUAUUCAAGAAUGUGAAAUAUUCGGACCUGAUGUCGAUCGUAGAGUUUAUGUACCAGGGAGAGGUAAGCGUAGUUCAGGAAUCGCUGCCAUCAUUUCUACAUACGGCUGAGCUGCUUUCGAUUCGGGGUUUAACCGACAACAGUGGCGAUACGAGGCAGCAACAGACCCAGCAGGCAACGUCGUCGUUAGCCCAGCAAAUCAUUCAGACACAGAAUCAAAGUCUGCUGGAUAAAGCAACGAUUACGACGGCCGAGUCCGUUUAUCUGACCCUGCCGUCAAAUUCCACCAUCGUACAUCAGCCCGCCAAAUUACUGCAGGCUCAAAUUCAAACAGCUCCCCAGAUUUUGAACAAAACCAUUAUCAAAGCUACACCCGCCGAAAUGCCGGCUUUGGCUGCUACCGGAGCCACUAUCACCGUCCCGAUUUCUCAACCCCAACAGCAGACGAUCGCUGCCAAGAUUCAGGUACAACCCCAGCAGACGGCAACCGUACAACAGCAAGUUCAAGUACAUCAACCCCAGCAACAGCAACAGCAGCAUAUUCAAACGCACCAACAGCAGUCACAACCACAGCAACAGCAGACCCAAGCCACUACCCUGCAGGAAGUGGUCGAAAGUGUAGUCAGUCAACCGAAGAAAAAGAAAAUAAAAGUACAACAGAUCAUCACGUCCACUCCAAACCAAUCGGGUGGCCCGACUACGACCGUUGUGACGUCUCAAGUACCGCAGGGGACGGCAGCGGGAUCUGGCGACACGGAAAUCUACGAAACCUCGACGGAAACGUAUCACAUUACAACGGCUAAAGCGGAAUCGGACGAGCAUCGAGUACAGGAACAGGAACAAGUCGAAACUUAUGUGGAAGCAGCGCAGGCCAGUGGGGCAACUCUGAAGAUGGAAAUACCGGAAUACAUCGACUGCAGUGAGGGCAUUAAUACUACGGGUGCGAACAACACGUCCUACAUACAAGAAGAAAGUUACGAACUGGUCGGCGAAAACAUGGAUGACAAGGACGAAGACGAUGAGGAUAUGAAUCAGGACGGUAUUGAAAUGGAAACUUCGGACAUGGAUAUGAGUAGGAUUUUCCAAGGAGCGACAGAUGAACAAACCAAGGCGAGUUUGCUACAAGCUUCCGGCAUCGGCUCGGAGAACAAACAGCUGCACACCUGCACCGAGUGUCAUCGACAGUUCUGUUCGGUGAAUGCUAUGAAACGGCACAAGCUAGCUAAACACGGCGACAACAAGGUAUCGUACAGUUGUGUGAUGUGUAAUGCCGUUUUCAAAACCAAAUGGUCACUGUCUACCCACAAGAGCAAAUAUCACCGGGACAAGGUGAUGGUUUUGCCCGUUAAGGCGGACCUUUCCGAUAGUGCACCGUCUACUCCGACUACGACGAUAACAACCGUAAGUACAGGCUCAGCGGUCACCCCGGUAGCACUGCGUAAGGUUGGACAGACGACGGUGACGCCGGCGAACACCCGCAAGUCCAUACAAAUCAGCUCCGGGGGUACACCAUGAGAACAGCGACAUCCGGUUGUUGUUACUGCUCCGACUUUCGGUAGAACAACGGAGUUGGAAGCAGAACGUAACCAACAGGCGGAGACGAAAAAUAAUAAAACAAAAUGAUAUAAGGAUUAAAUCAUGCUUUGUACAAUGCAGUCUUCUUGCAACUGAUGGAAGCCGAAUCUACAUUUUUCCAUGGUAUGUUAAUAUAUUUUUUUGUUUCAUAUGGACACAUAAUUUUAGAAAGGUAAAUAAUCCUGUCACUAGAAUUAAUGAUCGUGUUUUAAGCUCAACUGAAAUCCGAUAGAUUUCCGACAUAAAUUAGUUAGUUAUACUUUGAAAGCUGUAGAAGUCCUUCGUUGAUUGAUUUUUAGAUAUAUACCGAUAACGGUCACCAUUUUAAAUUGUACACUACCCAGGCAGAAACGACAUCAGUGUAGCUGAAAUUUUCGUAUAUUUUAAGUCGAUAACUGUAGUGAACUAUUUAUAAGUAAAAAACUUUCCCCAUUUAAGCGAAA